GGAACGUACAACCCCUCGAAGCACUUCAACAUCUUCGGUUGACUGAAAUUGCCUCACCUCCAACAACCCCCCAACUCCGCAUUUCGAUAAAUCCCUCUGCGGAUUCCGAUACGGAGGAGAGGAGCCAUUACUGCGCAACUUCCUUUUGAUCGUGAGUGCAGAGAGUAUCGACAAUCGCGAGUGGUCGAGGCAGAAGGAAUGAAGACUCUGCGGCCAUUGGUGCACCUGCUGCUGCCGUUAUGCGUCCACUGGGUUGCGGAGGAGAUGACUGUGUCGGUCCUCGUGGAUGUGACAACAAAUGCUCUUUGCCCUGGCCACACGACCUGCCCUCAGGCCAUCUACGUCAAUGGCGUCCAGCAAACGGUUGUGGGAAUAUUCAAGAUGAUAGUCCUUCCACUGUUGGGUCAGUUGGCUGACGACUAUGGGCGUAAACCGUUGCUUCUUCUCACUGUCUCAACAACUAUUGUUCCUUUCACUUUACUCGCUAUCAACCAGUCUAGAAGCUCUGUGUAUGCUUACUACAUUCUCCGGACAGUUUCUUACAUCAUCAGUCAGGGCAGCAUUUUCUGCAUUGCUGUGGCAUAUGCUGCAGACGUUGUCGAAGACAGUAAGAGGGCUGUCGCCUUUAGCUGGAUCACAGGCCUGUUUUCUGCAUCUCAUGUUGUAGGAAACAUCCUUGCACGGUUUCUGCCAGAAGAUUACAUUUUUGAGGUAUCGAUAGCUCUGUUGAUCUUUGUCCCUCUUUACAUGUCACUGUUUCUGACUGAGACAAGAAGGCCAGCACAAAAGGCCAACCAGCGUAUACCUUUCUUCAAAAAGACUAUCACAAUCGUCCAAGAACGAUAUCACUCAAUGAGGACUGCUGUAAAUGUAGUCACUGACAGCACGACUCUUAACCGCAUCUCGCUCAUCUCCUUCUUCUAUGAAUUGGGGAUGUCCGGAAUCAGCGGUGUUUUGCUUUACUAUCUGAAGUCAGUCUUUGGUUUCGACAAAAACCAGUUAUCCGAAAUCCUGAUGAUGGUAGGAGUUGGCUCGAUUUUCUCUCAGAUGUUGCUACUUCCCAUACUAAAUCCGAUAGUCGGAGAGAAACUGAUCCUCUGCGCCGGCUUGCUAGCUUCAGUAGCAUAUGGACUGCUCUACGGGUUGGCAUGGGCACCAUGGGUGCCGUAUUUGAGUGCUUCUUUUGGUGUCAUCUACAUCCUUGUGAAACCUUCUGUAUGUUGUAAUUCCUUAACAUUUAUUUCCUUUACUCCAUGUUUGUUGUCUUACUGCACGCUUGAUCGAUUGCAGACAUAUGCAGUGAUUUCACUGGCUUCAAACUCCGCAGAUCAGGGGAAAGCGCAAGGUUUCAUAGCGGGGGUGCAGUCAAUUGCAAGCCUUCUUUCACCGCUAGCAAUGAGUCCACUGACGACGUGGUUUCUGUCGGACAAUGCUCCUUUCGACUGCAAAGGUUUCAGCAUUAUAUUCGCUUCCAUAAGCAUGGUGAUUUCUCUGUGGUUUGCGUGGACAUUGAACCUCAAUGCCCAUAAGACUGUGGAGAACAAUGAAAACGACGACGACGACAUCGAAACGCCACUGUUAUCGUGAGUUUGCUGGCUUUGACGAAUGAAUCGUUUGAUUUUUAUGUUUCCUCCUGCCUAACGUAGGGAUAUGUUAGUUAAUAUUGUGAUCCAACAAUUGCACAUGUAUUGAGGAAAGAUAUGGUAUAUGUAUGUAUAUAAUACUUGGAAAGUAUGGUUGUCCUGAGCCAAUACAAAUCAAUCUCAUUC